UUAACAUGGUUCAGAAUGGAUGCAUGGCGCUAUACAUAGGAUUUUCGUCUCUGGAGGGCUGGCUUGGAUUCAUCGAAAACUAUAUAAACGGUGUCAUUGCCAAAGCUUUCCUUCCAGUUCAAAUAAAUUUGAGGACAUAUCUCGGAUACGAAAAUCUUGAACUAAGUGUCGAGCUUGAUGAAGAAGAUUUCAAAAUAUGUGUAAAUACAAUAACCGAUCAGCUUACAGAAUUGCUGAACGAUCGACAUCAAGAUGCUCAGGCCGCCAAUAACGUAACCACAACAACAAGUACACUAAGAUCCCCUUCUCAUGAGAUGCCUUCUAAUGACGAUUUUAAUGCGACUGAAACGUUUUCGGUAAACAGUUUUAAAUCGCAUAACAUAAAAGUCACCAAUGCAAUAGAAGACGAUUUUGUAUUUGAACACUUGGAUGUAAUAAAAAGAGAAGGUGUCGCUGAGUUGACAAAAGUCCUGAAGACGACUGAAUGUGAAAACCGGACGAAAAAACAAAUUAACAUAGCCAUACACGGCGAUAUCGGUUCAGGAAAAUAUUGCUUUAUCAAUACCAUAAGAGGAAUUCGAUAUGGAGAUGAAGGUUAUGCAGACGUCAGAUUCUUUAAAACAACAACAGAAAUUCGGAAAUAUUUUCAUCCUAAACAUCUGAAUCUCGUAUUUUGGGAACUUCCAAGUUAUGGGGCUCCACAGUUCUCAAGAUCAUCGUACAUACAAGAUAUGCAGUUUGAACGAUACGAUGUCGUCAUCUUUAUUUACUCCGGCCGAUUCAGAGAAGACGACAUAUGGCUAGCUAAGAUAAUAAGUGAACAAAAAACGCCGUGUUAUUUUGUCAGAUCUAUAUCAGAAUUGGAUGUGCAUUUUGAAUUUAAACACGCUUCGAAAAUAUUAACAAAUAAAGAAAUAAUUGAGAAAAUUCGUAAGGAUGAAGAAGAUAUGCUUAAAGAAAAUGGCGUUAGCACAGAUAACGUGUUUCUUGUCGACAAAACUUGUAAAAUCAACAAGUAUGAUUUCAAUGCUUUAAUUAGAUGCAUCACACUGAUUUCAAUGCUUUAA